AUGCAUAAACCAUCCCUUGGCCAGAUCGUCUACAACGCGAUCUUCCCUCGUCCUCGCACCAGUGAUCCUUCUUCAUGGUCGGCGCACAUAACUCGCAACCUAGUUCCCGAAGUCCGUAUCGAAACUUCCACUUUUUACGGUUCGUUGGAUUGCAUUGAGGCCCAGUACCCGGGGUUGGAUUAUUCAUAUGGCCCCCAUCGCAUGCGCCUGGGUCGAUUUCCCUGGCACCGCAGGUUGUUCCGGACUUUCGACGAGCUUCGUUUGACGGAAGCUGAGAUCUCUUCUUUGUGUCGCUGGGAGGGCACCAAAUCCGCGCGCGAGCGUUAUGAGAAGGAAGCAGGGAUCAAGGUUCAAGAUACCACGGCCAACGGUGUUCGACCCGCGUCGCCCCGUCCCCUCCCAUCCAUCGAAGUUCAUUACGAAGACGAUACAGAAUCCGCCGAGGACAUUGAAUCAAUCACCGAAUCCCAAAAUGAUAUUAUCAUCACCGACACUGAGACCACCGGUGUGAUCGACGAUCGAGGGGUGGAUUGUCCUGUGUCGCAUCAUAUGUCAGAGGACGAUUCCAGCGACGAGGAGAUGGAGAGCUGCGGCGUGGAAUUGAACCAUCGUCUUUUGGCAGCGACGGCAGCGCGAGAACAAGGAGUCAAUGUCCCGCUCGAUGAAGACUGGGAGCAAUGGCUGAAAGAAGCCGGCGAACGCGGUAGCUACGCCAACAUGAUCAACGCGAUUCGUGCAAAUCAACCACUGAGAUUUGUGACUUAUAUCCCUCAUUCUCCGCUGCCCCAUUCAAGUCGGACCGGUGUCGCCGCGACAUCAGCUCCAUAUCCGGGAUCCUACAUCCUUUCAGACCCGUCAGAUCGAUCAAUCCUUCGACGUACCUCCGUGCACCCUCGAGCGCGGUGA